UUAUUUUGUGCACUUAUGCAUAUAUGAGUUUAUUUAUUUAUGUUCUGAUUGAUCCAUACAGUUACAGAUAUUAUAAUCAUUUUCUGACUAUUCGUUAUUACUAGAACAUUAGACUUGCAAACUGCCGCUUCUCAGUGCAUUUAGAAAUCAUUUCACUUCAAUAGAACACUUUCGAAUAUAGGAAUCAUUUGUCUAAGGUGUAAGUAUCGAUUAAACAAACUAAAAGGAUAAAGACCUGGGGUCACGAAAAGGUAACAGCGACCAACAACAGAUGACACGUCGAAGCGAAGUGACGUAUACGGGACAGCGGCCGUCAAACAUUUCAAAACAUGUUAAAACAGGUAAGACAAAAAGGAAGAAAAAAACUUAAGACUAAUUUUGAAUGUAAGAACUCGUUGGAAUACAUUUGCAUCAACUAUAAAUAGAUUUUCAAAAUUAAUUGAUUGCAUAAAUAAAAAAUUAAUCGAUCUUCGUUUGCAAUGUUUUGCCAAAAAUCACAUUACUGUUCUUAUUAUAUUAACUGUAAUUAUAUUGUGUGUAGAAUCAUAUAUUAAUUGUUCUAGAGCCAACAGUGUUAACAGUUCAGGAACUAAGUAAAGAAAGUGCUAAUUUAAUGACUACAGAAGGAACAAUUCUAUGUUUUCAGUAAACUAAAAUACAUAAAUACUAAACUGCCACUAAAUUUAUUAGAAGUAGUAAAAAGUGAAAUUGAGAAACGGAGAAAUAAAAACAUUUUAUCAUUCUUUGUAUUUUUACAUUGGUGAUUAUAUCUCCAUACAAAUGAAUUUUGAGUUAUUCAUCCAAACAUGUAGUGAAAAAUUAUGCAAAACAGCUAUUUAGAAGAUUGUUCAUUGAGAAAGAAAGAAAUGAAGAUCAAAUUGUUAAUUGUGAAUCAGAAUCGGAGAGUGAAAUAAAAACAGAUGAAAUAAAAGAAUAUGAAAACUUACAAAACAGCAUCAAAAGUUAGAAUGAAUUAAAACAAAUCAAAUGCAGAUUCGAUAUAGACAAAGAGUUUUAAAACGUUGAAGGAAAGGAAGGAAAGAGAAGUAACAAUAUGGAUAUUUUAUGCAAUGCUUUAUUGACUAUAUAGACCAACAUCAAUAUCUUGCAAAAGAGUUUUUGUGUUUUAGGAAACACUAUUACAAAAAUUUGCAGCCGAUUGAGUAUUAAGACGUUAUUAAGACACUGGUCUUCCUAAAGAAUCAUUUUACCAAACAAAGUUAAAACCAAAACAUUUAAAAAUUAUGAAGUUAUAUCCUCUUACGCUCCUCAUGGAUGCAUACUACAUCAUAGAAGUUUUUCUUUUUUAGUAACAAAAACUAAAAUUUUAUCAAACUCAAGCGCAAAAAUGCAUACUUUUUUAAAAGGAGGCAAGAGAGCAGGGAAAAUCACCAAUGUCAUUCUCUUCUUCAUUGCAAAAGGCAAUAUGCUCCUAUCAAAAUUUUGGAUGUUAGUGAUACCGGAGUACCUGAAUAAAGAAGUUAGGAGCGAAAGGCUAAAGUUAAUAGCGCAGAUUAGAUGUGGAAACAUAGAGAAAUGGAAUAAAUAACGGUAAGACAAUAAUAAGAAAUAAUUU